AUUUUAGUUCUUGUCACUCGUUUGGACGAAGAAAACAUGGACAGUCAAAAGCUACUUGAAAGUUUAGAUAUUCUGGGAUAUGUGGGUGUUUGCAUCAGUACGGAAAAGUCUCAACUUCUCAGGAAUUCCUUGCUGAUUCUACAGCAGGAAAAUCAUUUUCGAAAAUGUUUCUAUUGGGGACGUAUUGAUGGCAUUCAAAAAGACUAUCAUGUCGCUUAUGGUUACGAGAAGGAUUGCCUCAAAAAUCAGGUUUACUACUAUAGUCACGAUUGUCUGGAGUGGCUCUUGAUGCCCAAACCCACUCAAUGGGGACGUUUUUUAGCUCCUUUGGCCAUUAAUAAAUUUGAAGGUGAAGCAUCCAUUGUAACGAAUGUUUACGACGUCAAUCCACCCUUUCCACCCAACGAAGAUCCAAAACGCCAUUAUGACGUAAUGGCUACAUUUAUUUCCUCCUUUUUUUUCCUUCGCGGCUAGAACAUAUCAUUUUCAAAGGUAGAACAUACGAAUUUUAGGGUGCCAUACCACGUGAAUUAAAAGAGGAGGAUCGUCUCGCAGCCAUUGUCAGUUCUAUUAAUGAAGAUGCGAUGGUUAUUCCUCGUGGA